AUGCUUGAUUCAUUCCAGAUUAAUCUUGAAAAACUUGAUAAUACUAUGCAAAAGUUCAAGAAUAUAAGUCAAACAUGUAAUGUAUGCCCUAGUUCAAAGAAGACAUCAAUGAAUAAUGGUAAUGAGAUUACUACAACUAAAGGCAAGUUAAAAACUUUAUCCAUCAUGGAUAUGUUUCACCGACAAAGAUUAUUAACAAAUAUACAUAACAGUACAAAUGCAUUACAAACAACUAUCAAAAGAAAUUAUGAUAAUACACAUUUCUAUUCUGUAACAUUUAAAGAAGCUGAUUGUUACUUACAUAAUCCAAGUAUGCAUCUUUAUGAAAUAUUCAAUGUACAAUUUUCAUUUCGUACAUCACAAGAAAAUGGUUUAUUAUUAUUUAAUUCAAACAAACAAGGAGUUGAUUUUAUAGCAUUUGAAUUGAUUAGAAGUUAUUUAAAUUUUGCAUUCGACAUGGGAAGUGGUUCUCAACAUUAUUCUUUGACAAUGUAUGAAGUUACUGAUUCCAGAUGGCAUCAUGUAGAACUAAGUAGGAUAGAUUUAGAAAACAAUACCUUACAGUUAUACAUCGAUCGAUACAAAUUCAAUGAACAAUCUAUAAUGAUACCAGUUAUUAAUGGUGAUACUUCAAGAAAUUUCAAUUUAAAUGAUCCACUUUUUAUUGGAGGUACUCCUCAGUACACUUUCUUGAAAUGGAGAGAAAAAUUAAAUUCAUAUCAUGGAUUUCAGGGAUGUUUCGGUAACUUCUCUAUAAAUGGUUUACCCGCUUACAAUUUGUUAAAUAAAGCUAAACAAAAGUAUAUUUCAAACUGGACUAUUCCAGUGUGCUAUGAUCAAAUUAUUCCUGGUUGUUUUGAACGUCCAAAUUAUGCUUUAAAUUGUAAUGAAAUUCAAAGAUAUCCUAAACAUCAUACUAUAAAUAGAGAUGGAAAGAAAGAAAAAUUAAACAGUCAAAUGUCGAAACCAUAUUGUUUAAAUGAUGGUUUAUGUUUACACUCUUGGACUACGAACAAAUGUGCCUGUGAAUUAACAUCAUUUGAAGGGGAUCGAUGUACAAGAGCCGGUACAACUUUCCUAUAUGGUUCUAAUCAAGAUCAAAGGAUCAAUGUCAAUAUUAAUAAUUGGACUAUGACAACCAUGAGUGAAACUAUAGGUUACUUACGUUUUAUGUAUAAAGAUCGUUUAAGAAAUACAAGAAAAGAUGAAUUUACACUUGGUAUUCAAAUGCUUCCAAUGAAAAGUAACAGUAAAUCUAGUCAUUCUAUUUUCACCAUUGCAACUCUACUAUUUAUUACAAACCUAAAACAAACAGGUGACUUUAUACAUUUAUUUUUAGAAUCAGAUAGAUUAAAACUUAAUUAUGAUAUGGGCGGAGGUAUCAUUCAUAUUAUUGGUCCUAACUUACCAGUGAAUGAUGGAUUUUACCACAGAAUACGUGGUUAUCGAUUGGAUCAUCGUGUUAUUCUAGAAGUGGACAAUACAAGACAAAUGUAUGAAGUGAACACUACUGCUUUCACUUCCUCUGUUCUUGUUUGGCACGUUGAAACUGGUGCUUCUUCAACCCGUUUCCGGUUAUUCUCAAUGGUGGUUUCCUCUUCGUUGAGUAGAUUUUGUGUGUACUACAAUGGUUUAUUAUUGAAUGACCUAGCUGCAGGUCUAUCAUAUCUACCAUUUAUUCAAGUGGCGAGAUUUGGAAAAGUUGAAUAUGUGCCUACAUUUCAACCACUUUUACCCACAUCACGUUCAGUUGAUGAGUUAAUAUCAUUUGAGUCGAAAAAUGUUGAUAUUCAAAGUACAUCAAACAUUCCCGCUGACAGUGCAACAACAUAUAUCAAUCAAGAUGACUACAACAAAGACGUAAUUAAAGAUGUUCUAAAAAGAUCAUCACAAUCUUCAGAAAUUACCAAUUCCAUUUUGAGAUUUCCAUUGUCGAAUUUUAAAAAUUACACCAAUAUUAUUUCGAAUGAUUCAUCAAAUAAUAACAAUAAUAAACAUACAGAUAAUAUUAACCAAUAUCAAAUGAAUCGUAAUAAAUGGAAUUUAAAGGAUGUUAAUAACCAUAUUAAUAUAUGGUUAUUAACUGGUUUAGGUUGUACUGGCCUUGUUUUAUUUAUCUUCCUCACAUUCCUAGCAUAUAAAUGUCACUAUACUAAAUAUGCAAAUACUCGCUUUUUACAUCCAAGAGAAACUACACUUGACAGACAAUAUUUUUCACAUAAAUCUGUAGAUAAUAAUCCUAGUCCAACUGAUUGUUUAUUAAAAUUAAAUGACAUUCAUUUUAAUAUAGUCCCCAAUUAUUUAGAAGUGUAUACAGAUCAAUCUGUUUCAACUUCAAAUAAUACCCUUAAAUUAUUAGACAGUUCAAGAUAUCCAUCUGUAUCCAAUGUUAAACCAACUUCUUUAAUUUUUGUUAAUGAAUCCAUUAAACUUCCAAUGAAUUCAUUGAUAACUGAAAAUGAAUGUAUGAUACAUAACAAUCCUAUAUCACAUGUAUGUCAUAUCAAUGUAAAUAAUGCUCCAAUAGAUGAUUCAGUAAAAUCUACAUUAUCUCCUAUUAAGAUGUUCUUCAGUUGUAAAUAUGUUGCUUUCGCUUUUCCGAUCCGCGCCUUCACAUCUGCAUCAGAUCUACCAUGUUCAUCAAUGAUGCUGCCCAAAUAUGUAAAGGUUUUUACAUCUUCCAAAUCUUCUCCAUCAAUUGUGAUUGGAUUGGUGCAUGCUGUGUUGUAUCAGAGAAUCUUGCUUUUCCGUUUGUGUAUAUUGAGACCUACUGCUGCUGAAGCUGCUGCUACACUGGUCGUUUUCUCCUGCAUUUGUUGUUGCGUUUGGGAUAGAAGGGCCAGAUCACCUGUGAAGUCUAUAUCGUCCAACUGCGUCAUAGAUGUCCACUGUAUCCCGUUCUUCCCUUCAGAUGUUGACGUCUUCAUGAUCCAGUCGAUCACCGGGAGGAAGAGAAAGGCUGAGAGUAAGCAACCUUGCCUAAUACCGGUCUUUACUUCGAACGAGUUUGUCGAUACUAUUUAA